UUUAAUUUUACCAAUGUAAAUGGCUAAACGUGUUAAUAUUGUCAACAAGAAGAAAUUAUAUUGCUGAAAACAAAUGUGACCAAACACGGCUAAAGCUGAAAAUGUUUAUUUGCUCGUCUAAGACUAAAAUCCAAAUUCUUGGUAAAUAAGUGAUGGCAUGGCAGUAUUAAAAGCAAAUUAGUUGAGUUGGCAAUUAUAAACAAAACAAAAAAGGAGAGCAUCAUGACUGAAGAGACCAUAAUCCUUAUUCUAUUGGUGAUUGUAAUGUUAGUUGGAUCGUAUCUUGCAGGAAGCAUACCCUUAGUCAUGCAUUUAAGUGAGGAAAAAUUAAAGUGUGUGACGGUAUUGGGAGCUGGUUUAUUAGUGGGCACGGCCUUAACGGUUAUAAUACCAGAGGGUAUACGCUCAUUAUAUAUGGACAGUAAGCGAGCAGUCGCACACAAUGAUGCUGAUAAGACGAUUGUUACAGUUUCCCAUGCUCAACCAUUGGAUUAUUCGCGAACAAUUGGUUUGUCCCUUGUGCUGGGAUUUGUUUUCAUGAUGCUUGUUGAUCAAGUUUCGCAAGGACAAACAAAAAAGUCAAAUAAUGGCAGUGAGUACGAUAAGAAUAUUACAGCAACUCUUGGUCUAGUCGUGCAUGCUGCAGCUGAUGGAGUUGCGCUGGGUGCUGCAGCAACAACUAGCCACCAAGAUGUUGAAAUCAUUGUAUUUUUAGCAAUAAUGCUACAUAAGGCGCCUGCUGCGUUUGGCUUAGUUAGCUUUCUAUUGCAUGCCAAAGUUGAACGCCAACAAAUACGAAAGCAUCUAGGCAUCUUUUCAUUAUCGGCGCCGUUUCUAACACUGCUUACAUACUUUGGGAUCGGCCAGGAACAAAAAGAGACUCUAAAUUCGGUGAAUGCUACUGGAAUUGCAAUGUUAUUUUCAGCUGGCACUUUUUUAUACGUUGCCACCGUGCACGUGUUACCCGAAUUGACCCAUAGAGAGCAAAGUAGCCAUUCUCCAUCAAACCUUUACGAUUACCAUCUCCUAGAAGAGUCUCGAGAGGCAGCUGCUUCAAAUGAGAUGAAUGUCAAUAACGCAACACAGUCGCAGUCUCAUCAUCACAAUAAAGGUCUUCGCUUUGGUGAACUAAUUGUUAUGAUAUGUGGCGCCUUACUCCCACUAAUUAUCACAUUUAGUCAUCAACAUUAGCGUACUAUUUGCUUCUAAUAGCUAUCAAUUAUAUAUGUCUAUUAUAUAAGAAUGUAAAUAUAGUACUAUUUUAUAAUAUAAACUAUUCCUUUAUCACAUUGUAUUUUAAAUAAAAUGUAGCGUCCUUUCGCAAUAUACACAUUGUAAGUAAAACACACAAUAAUUCAAUAAGACCUUAUUUUUUUGUAGUGAAAGAUAGAAUACAUAAAUGCGUAAAAUUAAAUUAGUUAUAAAACUUGCUGUAUGUUUGCUGUCUAGUCCUGCUGCUACCGUCGCUUCUCUAUUGAUCUCAUCACUACAUGGCUGUUAAUCCGGUUUUCGUUUCAAAUCACACAUUGCCUUCUGAGCUCUAGACAUUGCUGACCAAAAUACAUAUUGCUGACACUACUAGACAGUAGGAACUUUCUCUGACCUCACAGUUUUCUAAUUUUAAUAGUUUUAUUAGCUUGGAACUUCUACCGGCUUUAUCACCACAUAUUACUUCAAAAUAAGAUAAAAAAAAUCAGAUUUUUUUGUUAUUGCAACGGGAGUCGGUAAUAAGCUUGUGAAAUGACGCUUACGAGGAAUUUCCUCGUUCGUCCAUCGUUUCCUCGGGAAAUAUGAUGAAUCCUCAUAUUGAGUAUGGUAAAUACAGUACUUACUUUCCCAAAAAAAGAGAUAGCUGAUUAAAUAACCAAAUUUAGCGGUUGGUAUUUUUGGUAUAUUUUUAGAAUAUCGUUUUAUUGAAAAUGCGUAGCGGGUAUCUCAUAUUCGAGCACACUCAACUGUAGUUUACUUACUUGUUUAUUUAGGUUUGCCUGGUUUCUGAGAUAGUUUUGUAUUUUGAGAAAGCUGGAAAGACAUACAUAUUUCACUAUCGAUCUGUUGAUGAAUAUAAGUACGUUUUUGCCGAACAUUAAUGUUUCGCUUCAUAAUGAUAUUUACGCUCAGUUCUCUUAAUCAAAUCUACAAAUGCCUGUUUGGCUUUGGGAUUCAAGAACCAUAUUGCGACAUGGUAUCUGGAGUAAGGUCUAAAAUAUAUAACUAAAAUAUUUGUCGCUAAAGAAGCUUGGCAAUAUGCGCGAUUAAGUUAACAUACUAAUAACUGCGAGGGGUCCGAGUACCCUGAGAGCUGAAGAAGUUAGGAUCAGCAUAAAAUGGACAAGACUAAGCGGACAAGACAAAGUACAUUCAAGUGAAAUACUUGGGAGUUGUUUUGGGCGGCUCAUUGACAUGACAAUUUAUCGUGGAAGAUCCAAAGUAAACGAGUCCCAAUGUGUGUGUGGCAUCUGAUAUAGUCCUCCACGGCACUAAUGCUAUAAGCAGAGGGUUAUUAUUAUGACAGUCGACUUCACCAACCUAUGUUCAUAUGUAUCUAUCAUUGUCAACAUUUAAACUGUAGUAAUUACUGUAGGCUUGCAUUUCUUUAAUCUUGUUCAAGUACACAUAUGUAUAUAAACAAGAUUUUUACUUAUUAUUAUUAUGUUGUUUAAUUUAUUUCGAGAAAAGUAGAGGCUCUGUCUAGACAAAGACAAAGACAAAGACAAAGUACAUUGGAAAUUAAUCAUUUAUUCGUUAUACAUAUGUUGUAAUUAUAAUAUCUUGUUAUUAGGCAAGACCUUUCUUAUAGGCAUAUGUAGGCAUACAUAUGUAUGUAUAUGUGUCUGUAUGAUUUUCGAUUAAAGGAGUCAAUGCAGUUACAAAUACUAGCGCAGAGACUAAUGUAUAAGCUUAUCCCAAGUUCUUAAGGAGUUGUCAAUGUGUGUGAUUGAUUUUUCUAUCUAUCGUAUUUAAUACGAGGGUAAACCCAUAUUAAAACACAAUUAAUUAAUGUUGCCACUUUGUUUAAUUGCUACUGGAAAUAGCAAUUCUAAAAUGAUAUUAAUAUUUGAGGAUAACUGAUGAGUGAAUACAGAGUACCUGAAAUAAAGGUGAUUUCAUUAUUUCUUGUUAUUUAUGCCACCGACAUACAUAUGUACAUGUACAUUGAAGGUGUAUAAUCUUACGAUUUCUUAUAAUAAAUGUAAAGAAUUUCAAUUUUCGUUUUUCCAAUUGUUAUAAAUAUAUUAAUGCACGUAUUGAAUGUGUUCUUGUAUUUAUGAGUAAAUUGUUUGAAUAUCCAUACUUUUAUGUAGAAUAGUAAUUGUGUACCUCAGUAAAAUUGAUAUUUGCGCAAACAUUGUUAUUGAUGGUACAGUUUUUUCUGACUCCCACUCCCCCUUAUUGUUUUGACUACUCGUAUGCCGUUAGAUUUUCAAAAUAAACAAUGUCACGGGUUUGAUAGAAAGUUGAUAUUUGUGCAUUAUACAUUAUUUUGCCCGCAGAAUUAAUUCUAAGAAGAGCCAGAGUCAGACAAUGUUUAAGUGUGGUUGGAAAGUUGAUGGAAUAGCGAUAAAAAACCAACGUCACCGAAAUAUAUUUACUAAUUAUUAAAAAAAAACCAUAAAAAAUAUACCCUAAAUAACUAUGCAAAGGGUGUAA